UUUAUUUAGUAUCUCUCAAAGAGUAAAGUAAUCUCUAUUUAGUUUGUGUUCAUUUCAUGAUACUAUUAAUAUCAUGUGGUAAUUUAAUUUUCAGUCGUAAAUUUCGGGGUUUAUUCCUACAACAAUUAUAUCAAUUUUAAUGUCUUGAAUCCAUGAACCUUAGCAUUAUUCUGUUAGUCUAUAAUGAAUAUAACGAAAAUAAUUCGUGGAGUUCGUGUACCAGCGGCGGGUUUAUUCCGAAACUACUCUAACGAUGUGAAUCCGUUAAGCAGAACUGUGAGAGUUGUUACUAACGGGAUUGCAGAAUUUUUCGGAAUGAAUAAAACAGCAUCAGUUUACCCUACUCAUGCCGACAUAGUUAUCAUUGGUGGAGGCUACAUAGGCUCAGCUGUUGCUCACGCGUUAAAAACUAGGGCUGGUGAAGGUUUAUCUGUAAUCGUUUUAGAAAAGGAUUUGACUUAUAGAGAAGUACGUAAUAAUAUAUCACAUGGAACUCUAAUAAGAAACUGUUCACUGCCAGAAAAUAUUGAACUUGCUUCAUAUGGUGCUGAAUUUCUGAGAAAGGCACGAGAAAAUCUAGGUGAAGAUGUUGAUGUGCAGUACACACCCUAUGGAUUUUUAAUGUUAGCCAGUGAAAGGUAUACUGAGAAAUUAGAACAAACUGCUGUUCAACAAAGAGAAAUGGGCUUGAAAAAUGAAAUAUUAUCUGCUAAUGAGAUUCAAGAGAGAUUUCCUUGGAUUAAUACCAGUGAUAUCAAAUUAGUACUCGCCCGCCUGAAUCACGCCUGGGCUUGCUACAAUGAUAGUCAAUCUUCGUUGUUAUAUUGGCACAACUUGAUCCUGUUCCUUGACAGCCCCGAGCUCCGCAGCGUCGCAACAACCGCUUUCUGCGAUUCCCCACGUCUCCACGGGUCCAAGCACAGUACAAGUGAAAUUGACAGUGACAGUAAAAUCGGUACUUUAGUGAGGAUGUGCGUCUACAGCCCCGCACAUUGUCUGAUUCUUCAAGCCAGAAAAGCUUGUCUUUCUGCGGGUAGUAUGUGUCUUGAAACUGAAGGUGUAUUUAACUCCUGGGCAUUUCUAAGCGGACUCAUAAGGAAGUCACAAGAUCUCGGAGCUAUUUAUAUAAAUGCUGAAGUGACUGGUUUUGAAAUUGAAAAACAACGUGAUGUUUUGAUGGAGGGAGUUGAACCAGGCUCAUUUGAACGAAUCUGUAAGGUUUUGUAUAAAACGCCAGACAAUGAAGAGCAUUCCAUUAAAUUUGCCGCUUGUAUCCUAGCUGCUGGUAACAAAUCCGGGGAAAUAGCAAAACUUGCUAAAAUUGGCAACAGUGACGGACUUUUGUCAUUACCACUACCAAUAGAAAAGAGAGGUUAUGGAAUUUAUGCAAUAUGUGAUGAAGAUAGAAUGACGCAUUUAAACACCCCAUUAAUAAUGGAUACAAGUGGAGUGUGGCUACGAAAAGAUGGUUUGACAAACAACUUACUCUGCGGGCAUGUACCAUUUACUAGUGAAGAAUCUAAAAAUAUGUCAGAAGAGGAGUUUUUAAAAAAAAUCAUAGAACCUUCUGUGAAUAACAGAUUCCCUUUGACAAUAGGGAAAAAGCUAAAAAAGUUAACAACCGAAAUGCAAGAUUACAAUACAUAUGACGAAACAGGUAUUAUAGGACCCCAUCCUUAUCACAACAAUUUAUACAUUGCUGCUGGAUUUGGGAAAUAUGGAUGUCAACAUGCUCCAGGCAUAGGAAGAGCAAUAACAGAAUUAAUAAUUGACAGCCACUACACAACAAUAGAUUUGACGCGGUUUAGUUUCGACAGGAUUUUUAUAAACGAACCACUAAUAGAGUUUGACGUCUACUAAGAAGUAGAACUUUAUAUACAAAACGUUAUAAUACCGGAAUAAAUAAUAUUACAUAGAACAAAUCGUAAUUAUCAACAUACGUUGUACAAAAGUAGAUAUAAUAAAUCGGACAAUACAUUUAGCCUCUGAAAUUAAAUAAAAAAACAAACGUCAACGUAUGCAUAAAGACACGCAUGUGUGUGUGAGUGGUGAACUGUUUGAACAAGAAGUAUACUAACUACAAAAAUACCUACUACAUAUUGAUCAUUUCAACUUAUAUACAGUGCGUACCAUCUUUGAUAACUUCAACGGAAUAAAUGUUACAAUGUUGUUCUUCUGGUUUCCAAAAAUAUUGAGAAUCUAUUGUUUUAAUUAAUACAGUGUUUAGCAAUUUGUUGUUUUUUAAUAAAUGUUACAUACAUA